AUGCCUCGAGCGCCACCCCAGAACCUUUCCCGAUCCUUCAACACCCGCUACGCUGGUAUCUUCCGGAAAGCUGCGGAGCUUCAUCAAAUCGACGAUAGAGUCCGCAUCUCCAUUAUUGUCGAGAAACCUGGCGUCACUCCUCUCGUUUUUAGCACGGAGGAGAGAGGACAUAACUGGCCUCCUUUCGUACAAGACUAUGUCAAGAGCAAUAAUCCCCACAUCAAGCGACCAGCUCACUAUCAGAGUGUUAGUGAUGGCAUCUCGAGAGGUCACGUCAGAAUCGUUCGCACGUCUUCGCCAUCACCAUCUCCGCCGUACAUGCCUGGCAAUAGACAUAGCAGGGAACAGACUCAAGAGCUGCCCAAUGCGGCUGCUGUCCAGGAAAGCCCGCCGAGCUAUGUUGGGGAGUCUUGGUAUCUUCCCGCGACCCCGCCCCGCCCUACUCCAAAUCGAAUCUCAACUUCUAGUCCGUUGCCAAUCAACGUCGUCCUCCCGUCAAAGAUGGUCAAUGGGGCGUGA